ACCCAUUGACAUGUCUGGUCGCGGUAAAGGAGGUAAAGGUCUCGGAAAAGGAGGCGCUAAGCGUCACCGAAAAAUCCUUCGUGAUAACAUCCAAGGUAUCACUAAGCCAGCCAUCCGUCGUCUUGCUCGCCGAGGCGGUGUAAAGCGAAUCUCUGGCCUGAUCUACGAGGAGACCCGUGGUGUUCUUAAAGUUUUCCUUGAGAACGUGAUCCGUGAUGCUGUGACAUACACCGAGCACGCCAAGAGAAAGACUGUGACAGCCAUGGAUGUGGUGUACGCUCUGAAGAGACAAGGCCGCACUCUCAAGAUGCCAGCUAAAGUUGCAGGAAAGAAAGGCGAGAAGAAAGCCGGAAAGGCUAAAGCCAUUGCUGAUGGAAAGAAGAAGAGGAGAGGAAAGAGAAGGGAAAGCUAUGCUAUCUACAUCUACAAGGUGUUGAAGCAAGUUCACCCCGACACUGGUAUCUCCAGCAAAGCCAUGGGCAUCAUGAACUCGUUCGUCAACGACAUCUUCGAGCGCAUCGCCACCGAAGCUUCCCGCCUUGCCCAUUACAACAAGAAGUCGACCAUCAGCUCUCGCGAGAUCCAGACCGCCAUCAGGCUGCUUUUGCCCGGUGAACUGGCUAAACACGCCGUGAGUGAAGGAACUAAGGCUGUGACCAAGUACACCAGCAGCAAGUAAACUCGCCUAGUGGGUUUUCCGCCAAAACCAACGGCUCUUUUAGGAGCCACCAAAUGUUACGAAAGUCAAUCAUUAACGCAAUACGAGCUUUGAAACAUGAAAAUGUUUCCCUUAGUAUGGUUCCGAACGAAACAAAAUUUUACAAACGAAGAAGUACAGCAAAGAUGAGUCACAGAUGAACCGGGAAAGGAAGGGUAGACUAUUGUUCAUGAUUAAUUUUACAAAAUGUCACACUCAACAUUAUUAACACUUUGAAGAGACUUUUUUUUUUAAUUUACCAACGGUAAUUGCUCGAUCACUUAUUGCCUGACAAAACGCUGGUUUAUUCCAGAAACGUGAUUGAUGUACAAAAGAUUUCCGGAGUUUAAAGCUUUUUUAGCUGCCUACUUACGAGACGGCUGGAUUGUAA